GGGCGAGCAACUUGAUUGGCCGAGAGCGGCCCUCUCCGUUAUGGCGUUCCCCUGCGCGGCGCGUCCUUGGCCCGUCGCCUAGCAACGGCGAUGGACCGAGAAACGGAAGGCCGCGAGUACCUGGCCCAGCACAAAAUCCCGGAGCUUUUGUAUAGUUUAACCUCGUUGCUUCUCUACCAUCGGCCGGAACGACCGAGAGAAUUUUUGAUAAAGACAUUGGAAAAAGUAAAGAUUGCCAAAGCAACAAGCAAUGAUUAUCCCAACCUUAUGGAUGAGUCAAACCUGGAUGCAAUGUUUGAUAUGAUUGAUGUCGGGGGCGAAGGCCACAUAAAUGUAAUACAGUACAAAGGAGCACUUGAGUCUCUGGGAUUGAGUAGCCAGGAUGUACCUUAUAAAGAAAAUGAAGUAAUUACAUCAAAUGUCUUCAAGGAAAAUGUGACGAAAAAAUUUACUGAGCUGUGGAAAACGGUUUAAUCCUAAAUAUGCCUACCUGGAAUAUUUUUUUUAUGUAUGUGUAUAUAUAUAUAUAUUUCAGUUUCUGAAAAAAAGCUAGCAAUUUCAUUUAUAUGUAAUGGCCUUCCCUUGUAGUAAUUUUAUCCUCACUGAAGCAUUCCUUUAUUUCAGAAUCUUCACAACUGUUAUACUGAAUUUGCUAAAUAAAUAAUGGGAGUAUUAGC